AUGUGCCACGGCGCGCAAGAUCCUUUAGGCAGCUCAGCUCCUGAUCUACCGGUAGAGGCUAAGGUGCUAGCCAGGGAAACAAGAUCUGGCAGAUCAGUUGCCAUGAUCUGCAACGCACAGGCCUCUCCUGUACCCCAGCACCGUGAUGUCGCUAAUCCUGCUGAUCUCGCAGGUCCCAUUGAUCUCGUGAAUCCUGCCGUUCCCAAAGGUCCCAGUGAUCUCACAAAUCCUGCAGAUCUCAAAGGUCCCAGUGAUCUCACAAAUCCUGCAGAUCUCGAAGGUCCCAGUGAUCUCACUUAUCCUGCAGGUCUCGCAGGUCCCAGUGUUCUCUUGAAUCCUGCAGAGCUCAAAGGUCCCAGUGAUCUCGCUAAUCCUGCAGAUCUCAAAGGUUCCAGUGAUCUCACUUAUCCUGCAGGUCUCGCAGGUCCCAGUGUUCUCUUGAAUCCUGCAGAGCUCAAAGGUCCCAGUGAUCUCGCUAAUCCUGCAGAUCUCGCAGGUCCCAGUGAUCUCUUGAAUCCUGCAGAUCUCGCAGGUCCCAGUGAUCUCUUGAAUCCUGCAGAUCUCAAAGGUCCCAGUGAUCUCGCUAAUCCUGCAGAUCUCAAAGGGGAGGGACUUUUGGGGAUCUUAAUUCCUCGGUCCAUUGAUCUGAAUGACCACAACCCUCUGACCUUUGAUCUGGCAGAUCCCCUGGUUUACAGCGCUCCAGAUCUCCUGCUGGAGGCGAAGAAGCGCUUUAAAGGCGUGGGAUCCGCGGGAUCCGUGGCGAUGAUCUGCGCCGCUCAGGCCAACCCUGCCCCCCACUACGGGUGA